AGUAGUAAGAGACAAAUAAGAACACUCUCUUUGCAACAGCAGGUUUGAAUAAAGCUUAACCGACAAUAGUCUCGACCUGGAGCCAAACAAGUCUUUGGCUCUUGCCUUGUUCAGCUGAGUCUGAGAAGAAGAAGCCAAACUUUCUCAGAUUUUCCAUCCUCGUGAUUCUUUCCCCGAGAGUAAUCACAAUCGGCUCCGGAAGAGGAGGAGAUUGUUCAGUCGUUGUCUUGCCAUGGCCAUGUAUAUUCGUGUGAAGCGCAUGAAAGCUACUUACUUUAUCCAAUGCGAUCGCGCAGCGACUGUUUUGGAUUUUAAGCAGAAACUCUUUACCCUCAUCGAGCAACCAGUCAGCAAUCAGCGUCUCAUCUUAAUGUCUACAGAAGAAGUAUUAGAGGAUUCCAAAUCUCUAGCAGAGCAGAAGGUAUCAAACAUUUUGAAUGUCUCAUACAUAUGCAACAAUUGUUCAAGUUUAAAGAUCUAGACCUUUGUUACUACUUAAAUGUAUUCUUUGUUUUAUU